AGUGUGGAUCUGUUCACGCCCGUGCACCGCAGCAGCAGCAGCAGCAGUAGCCGCCUGCCGCGCGCAUCUGUCCGUACAGGAACUGACAGGCAGAGCUCGCGAUGAUGGCGGACUGUGUUGGCUUUCAAGCGCAAAUCGCCUCGAUUAUAGAGAUAUUGGCCAAUUCGGCAGUGGCGGAGAUCUGCAAACUGGUGGACGAUGGCUACGCGGCGCUGCGCUCUCAGAUGGACCAGGAGCGUGAGAAGAGCGAGAAGGAGAACAAUGCCCUGCGGCAGAAGCUGCGAGAAAUAGACGUGAAGAUGCGGAGCUCCGAGAGGAAGAUGAGGAGACGGAGUCAGAGGGAGGAAAUGCACGCCGUUAAUUUUAGGCCACCCGAAGGAGCUGACGACCAACAGCCUAUGGUGCUGCCUCUUCCUGCUGCCUCUGAAGACAAAACCCUCCAUCUAAUUUCAACGCAGGAGGAAACCAAUGUGUUGCCACUGGUGAAGCAGGAGAAAAUGGAAAGAGAUGACUGCAACCUGGACCUCAAGGUUGAGGUCAACAUCAGGGCAGAGUGUGGGCUUUCUACUGCCAUGGAGCCCAGUGAGGAUCCCCCCCCAAGUGAAAUUGUUCUUGACACCAAUGUCACCAACAUCACCUCCUCCACCACCCAGCCCACCUCUUCUCCCACUGAUGCCACAAUGGACCUAACCUGCAGGUCUCGAGCGAAACGCAAAGCCACCAUGCCUCUGGGCAACAGUUUGACAGUCAGCAGUGCAGGAGUCACGGCCCCCGAAGCCCCUUGCAGGGACCUUGGAGAGAGCCUAACAGACGGUGAUCUGAAGCCAGAGAUCCAGACAGAUGAUGCUACAGAAGAUGAACUUCAUACCUCCAAGCUGUCAGCCCCUGUAGUCUCAGAUGAGCCCAGCCCCGACCGCCUCAACAGUCUGGGCCUGGACCUGGCCUGGAUGCAGGAGAGGGUCAGCCAUCUUGGUGCAGCAUAUGCAGUAGCACAGCUGGGUUUAGGGAACACAGAAACCAGCCACCCUUCCGCCUCCUUCACCUCGCAGGGAGGGGGAGACAGUCUAGAUGGCCCUCCAACCAUGCUCUUCACAAGUAGCGCUCAUGAAAUGGCUGCUUUUGCUGCCUCCUUUGAUAUGGCCGCUGCCGCUGCUGCUGUCGUAGCUGCACCACCUCCUCCUCCUACAGCUCCCUCUGCCACCACGACCAGCCAGAGGCGGCUUUACAGGAGCGGCGCUGCUAUUGCUAAAGAGCCUGUGGUGUGCGCUGUGUGCGGACGUGUCUUCCCCAGCGGAGCUGCCCUAGAGCAGCACCAACGGGUGCACACAGGAGAGAGGCCCUACUCCUGCCCCCACUGUGGAAAAGGCUUUGCCCAACCCAACAACCUGCGGGUCCACCUCCUUAUUCACACUGGGGAGAGGCGUUAUCGAUGUACGCUGUGCGGGAAGAGUUUUCAUCUCUUCCAGCCACCUCAAGAGGCAUCGUACAGUCCACACGCAGGAGAAACCCUACAGCUGCUCACGAUGCGGACAGUCGUUCAGCCAAAUGUGUAGCGUUCGCAGACACCGGCAGCAGUCCCAGUGUGGCCUGUAGACAGACCAACAUUCUUUACAUGGGAAUUCUAGCAUCUUAUUAGCAGCACAAACAAAGAAGCAAGCUGUAUCCUGUGAUAUCAUGGCACGUAGAGUUGAUAUUUGUCCUAGAUCAUAGCAGUAAUAUGUGAAUUCUGUGGAGGAAAGGAUUUCCCCUAAAGUCCUCUCAACCUUAUCUUACUCCUUGUUUCAAACUGAGAGAAGAUCACAGAGUAGACUGUAAAAGAGUGCCUGAUACAGUGUUGAUAACACUUUAUACAUCAAUUUGUCAUUGGUCUGUUUGUGUUUACAUAGCUAACACCACGGUGUACCUGCACUGUCCACUGAUCACCUUGUGAAACAGGAUGAACAGAACCAUUUCUAUUUUUUUUUUUAUAGAAUUUAUAUAACGAGAUGAACUUAUAAAAUUGACUUAAAAUACAUUUAAAUCCUCAGACGUUAAUCACGUGUUAGAAACAAAAAUCUAUUAUUGCCUUAUUCUACUGUGAUUUCUAAAUCCAGAUUCAAAUUUCCAGACACUUCCAGCUUUUGUUGUUUUUUUAGGACAGCUGGCUUUACAAGAUUUAAUUUCUCACACUGCAAAGUGCAAUAUCAAAGGAUGCUGAGAUGUCUUGGUUAUCCUAGCUCAUUCAAACAGGAAACAGCUACAUAUUACAAUUCCAAAGCUGUCUUAGUGGCAUGUUGUAUUUUAUGUCAACAUAUGUAGUGUACGUAUCACUUACUUAUACAAAACGUAUCAGAGCGUCUGGCCAACGGAGCUGGAAAAGUGCCAUUUGGUUCACGUCAUGCUGAUGCUGGAGAACAGCUAGAAUGUA